CGUUGAUUUUUUUUGUUUUUUUUUUUCCUCUCUCUUUCUCUCUUUCAUCGUUUUGCUAAUUUCUCAAUUUCUGAGUUUGUUUACACACUCUCUCCAUCGACUUGUAAUUUCACUUUCUUAGGGUUCAUCGGAGGAGGAUCAUCGGAAAACGGAGAUGGCCGGCGUUGGUUCCGGCAAGCUCAUCGGAUCGGAGAUUCAUGGAUUCCAUACUUUGCAAGAUCUUGAUAUACAAACUAUGUUGGAUGAAGCAUACACUAGGUGGCUCCGUCCAAACGAGAUCCAUGCUCUCCUUUGUAAUCAUAAAUUCUUCACCAUCAACGUCAAACCAGUGAAUUUGCCCAAAAGUAUUCUUUUUUCUUUCUUUCUUUUCCCUCCUCAUAGUUCAAGUUUUCUUCUUCUAAGAUUUAAUCAGAGAUGCUUUCAAACUCUUAAUCUGUCAAAUUUUGUUGAACUAUGGUCAUAUUUGGCAGGUGGUACGAUUGUGUUGUUCGACCGUAAGAUGUUGAGGAACUUUAGAAAGGAUGGUCAUAACUGGAAAAAGAAGAAGGAUGGAAAAACAAUUAAGGAAGCUCAUGAACAUCUAAAAGUGGGUAACGAGGAAAGGAUUCAUGUUUACUACGCCCAUGGCAAUGAUAACCCUACAUUUGUGCGAAGGUGUUACUGGUUGUUGGAUAAGUCUCAGGAGCACAUAGUUCUUGUCCACUACCGCGAGACACAUGAGGCUCAGGCAGCUCCAGCAACACCUGGAAACUCCUAUUCAAGUUCGAUCUCUGACCUAUCACCAAAACUUGUGGCUGAAGAUAUCAAUUCUGGUGUCCGUAAUACUUGUAAUACAGGGUUUGAAGUGCGCAGCAACAGUCUGGGUUCUAGAAAUCAUGAGAUUAGGCUUCAUGAGAUCAACACGCUUGAUUGGGAUGAGCUUCUAGUACCAGCAGAUAUCAGCAACCAGUCUCAUCCAACAGAAGAAGAUAUGUUAUACUUCACAGAGCAGCUCCAAACUGCACCUAGGGGAUCUACAAAGCUAGGAUAUCAUCUUGCAGGCUACAACGGAUCAGUAGAUAUACCAUCAUACCCCGGUCUCGAAGAUCCUGUUUACCAAAAUAAUAACUCAUGUGGUGCAGGAGAAUUUUCUAAUCAGCAUGUGCACUGUGGAGUAGAGUCAAAUCUACAGAGUAGGGAUUCCAGUGCAACGGUUGCUGAUCAACCAGGUGAUGCUAUGCUUAAUAAUGGUUUUGGAAGUCAGGAUAGUUUUGGAAGGUGGGUGAACAACUUCAUUAGUGACUCUCCUGGUUCCGUGGAUGAUCCUUCCCUUGAAGCUGUAUAUACACCUGGGCAGGAAUCUUCUACUACUGCUGUAUUUCAUUCCCACUCUAACAUACCGGAGCAAGUAUUCAACAUAACUGAUGUUUCACCUGCCUGGGCCUUUUCGACAGAGAAAACAAAGAUUCUUGUAACUGGGUUCUUUCACGACAGCUUUCAACAUUUUGGAAGAUCAAAUCUCUUCUGCAUAUGUGGAGAGUUACGUGUCCCCGCAGAAUUUCUCCAGUUGGGGGUUUACCGUUGCUUUCUUCCCCCUCAAUCUCCGGGGGUGGUGAACCUGUAUCUGAGUGUCGAUGGAAACAAACCAAUCAGCCAAUUGUUCAGCUUCGAACACCGCUCGGUUCCAGUUAUUGAAAAAGCUAUCCCUCAAGACGACCAGCUAUACAAGUGGGAAGAAUUUGAGUUCCAAGUCAGACUUGCUCAUCUUCUGUUCACUUCUUCUAACAAAAUCAGCGUUUUAACAAGUAAAAUCUCACCUGAUAAUCUGCUAGAGGCUAAGAAACUCGCCAGCAGGACUUCCCAUCUCUUAAACAGUUGGGCGUAUUUAAUGAAGUCAAUCCAGGCGAAUGAGGUGCCGUUUGAUCAAGCGAGGGACCAUCUCUUUGAGCUUACUCUGAAAAAUAGGCUGAAAGAGUGGCUUUUGGAGAAGGUCAUCGAGAACUGCAACACUAAGGAAUAUGACUCUAAAGGCCUUGGAGUGAUCCACCUCUGUGCCGUCCUAGGAUACACUUGGUCGAUCCUUCUCUUCUCCUGGGCAAAUAUAUCGUUGGAUUUCCGUGAUAAGCAUGGUUGGACUGCUCUUCAUUGGGCAGCAUACUAUGGAAGGGAGAAAAUGGUGGCUGCUCUUCUGUCUGCUGGGGCAAGGCCAAACCUGGUGACAGACCCGACUAAGGAAUUCCUCGGCGGCUGCACGGCGGCUGAUUUGGCACAGCAGAAAGGUUAUGAAGGUUUAGCAGCUUUUCUUGCUGAGAAAUGUCUUGUAGCACAGUUUAAGGACAUGCAAAUGGCUGGAAACAUCACUGGCAACCUUGAAACCAUCAAGGCAGAGCAGGCGUCGAACCUAGGGAAUUCCAAUGAAGAUGAGCAGAGCCUGAAAGACACUCUGGCGGCGUACAGAACCGCUGCAGAAGCGGCAGCGCGGAUUCAGGGAGCGUUCAGGGAGCACGAGCUGAAAGUUAGGUCAAGCGCAGUUAGGUUUGCUAGCAAGGAAGAAGAAGCCAAAAACAUAAUAGCCGCGAUGAAGAUUCAGCACGCGUUUCGCAAUUUUGAGGUUCGUAGGAAGAUUGCUGCCGCUGCUCGGAUUCAGUACAGGUUCCAAACAUGGAAAAUGAGACGGGAGUUUCUGAACAUGCGGAAAAAGGCAAUUAGGAUCCAGGCUGCGUUUAGAGGGUUCCAAGUAAGAAGGCAGUACCAGAAAAUAACAUGGUCGGUGGGAGUUCUUGAGAAGGCGAUUCUGAGGUGGAGACUGAAGAGAAAAGGCUUCAGAGGGCUUCAGGUUAGCCAACCUGAGGAGAAGGAAGGGGGUGAGGAGGUGGAGGAUUUCUACAAGACAAGCCAGAAACAAGCAGAGGAACGGCUCGAGAGGUCAGUGGUUAAAGUCCAGGCCAUGUUCCGGUCCAAGAAGGCUCAGCAAGAUUACAGAAGGAUGAAACUGGCUCAUGAAGAAGCUCAGCUGGAGUAUGAUGGGAUGCAAGAACUUGAUCAAAUGGCUAUGGAGGAGAGCUGAAUGCAACAACAAUGAAGAGGAGGUGGGUGCAGUGUGGUGGAACUGUAAAUUUGUGUAAAUGACGAGGGGCAAUUUCGACCUUAUAGAAGCUGUUUUCAAAAAAGUUUCAAAGGGUAUUAUGGUAAAUCAAGCCUGGAGCUGGGAGAUCUUCCAUAGAGCGUCUUGUCGUUAGUAAUUUUCUUUUGUUUUGGGGGAUUGUGAAGUAGUAAGUCUUGUAUUGCUGCUGUGUUCUGUGACAUUUUAUGAGAGUUGACCGUAAAAAGCUAAAACGUUUUUUAGAUUGUCUUUUAAAUUCUCUCCUUCUUACUGUUUUCUAUCUUGGAUUUUCUGACUUAUAAUAAAAUAUAUUUCAAUUA